AUGACUUUGCCAAGACAUUCCAGGGUGCCUUCUGUCCUCUUCACAGGAUGGACAAAAGAUGGAAUAGACUAUUACAAGAUCCUGGGGGUCACUCCAAAUGCCUCCUAUGAUGAUAUUAAAAUGGCCUACAGAAUGCAGCUGAAGAAGUGGCAUCCUGACAAAAACCCGGAUAACAAAAAAGAGGCUGAAGAGAAGUCAAAGGAGAUAAUGGAAGCAUACAAAGUGCUGUCAAAUGGUGUGCUGUCUGCUCAUGAGAAACCCAAGAACAGUAGCCCAAGAAAAGAGGAAUCCCACACAAAAUUGGAAAAACAGAGCAUUCAAGGAACCGAGUCCACUUCAGAGAAGGACAGCGGCUCCUGUUAUGAAUAUGAAGAUUCAACCUUUGAAUCUACCGAUGAGUCAUCCCAUUCAGAGGAUAAUCGCAGUCUUGAGUCUGAGGAGUCACGGAAUAAAUCAAACUCUGAGUCCAAUUCUGAAAUUAGUGAGUCCAGUGAAUUUAGUGCAGACUCAGAAUCCGAGUUUAACUCUUCAGAACCUUCCAAAUCUCUUCCUGUGCCUGUGCAGGAGAAAUCCCAGCCAAUGACAAAGCAAAAUACAUUAUCCAUCGAAGAAGCAGAUUUUCAGGCCAGGAAUGAUCUCAGGAGGCCCGACAGAAGAAAUGGAUUGCACACCGAGAUUAAAACAGGGUCUGGUGCGAAAAGCGAGCUGCGUACUCAGAACAGGAAGUUCAGCCGAGAGCCUCUUAGUGAGAAUAGUGAGAAUUGCAAUGGGAAGAGAAAGGCUCAGACAGAAAAAAGUAGGCUGUACAAAGAAAAAAUUAAACAGGAUGAAAACGUAGAGUUCCAGAUUGGGUUCCCAGAAUUAGAAACUGAAGAAUAUAGUGGGGAGAGAAAGAGACUUGCCAUUAAGAAAAAAGAGCAAAAUGAGAAAUUUGAACAUCACGGCAAGAAAAAGUUUCAGAAAGGGAAGACUGAUGGUCUUCCUGGAAAGCUGCAAAUGAAGAAACCUCCGGCACAGAAAAGCAGAUUUUGCCCCAAAGAGGAGCUGGACACCAGAACUGGCCAGCCAACUGGGCAGAAGCAAAGAUUUGACCAACCUGAUUCAUGUCCUGGGUAUAUGAGACCUACCAGAAAGUAUAUAAUUUCAUUGUCCCCACAAAAGGGAGCACAGAAUGGGAAGGCAGAUGUGCAAUCUCAAAAAAGUGAGCUGAAAGUUGGUAAGGCAAGACAUCCUCAAAAGAAAGAGAUUCAGACUAGGAGAAGCAAGUUGCACGCUGGGAAGAGCAAGGGGAACAUCCAGAAAAAUGAUUUGCAUGCUAUAAAGAACAGUGUGGAUGGCCAAAGAAGAGAACCACUGGCUGGGAAGAGCAAGAUAAAUGUUGGAAAAAGUGGGGGGCCUGAUGGGAGAGUGAAAAAAACAGUCCCCGAGGCCAGAGAGAGAGAUGUGGAGAACAGCAGACCUGCUUACACAUGGAAAGUACCAGCUACUGUCUGGUUUGGCCCAGCAGAAAAUGCAAGUGGCUUUCCAUUCGGCGGGAUGACUGAAUUACUGUAUGGCCAAACAGCUUUACCAGAUAAAAGAAAACCAUAUGGAACAAAUCCAACUUUGCAUAGUAACCAGGGGUCAAACAUCCAGGCAUGGAAUAGAAUAAACCAAUUACAUCUGAAGAAGAACUACCUUCCACACAUCGGUGUCUCAUUUCAGGAGAAGAAGAAUUGGUCACCGCAUAUAAACAACCCCACUGAAAUAUAUACAUCAGAUGUCUCCUCUUCCUGCCCAAGAUGUUCCCAGUGCUGGUGUAAGUGGUUUCACCAUAGUCUGUGA